UCUCAUGGUCAUCCUCACAUAAGGGCCCUAAGGGUUUGACAGCUUUGCAUGCCGGAAUCUCUCUCUCAUUGACCAUUUGGGAGAAAAUCAUGGAGAAAAGACCAGAAGCGAUCAGAGAAAGAGAUGAUAUGGGGUGGACUCCUCUUCAUUACGUUGCUUACUUGGGCAAAGUUGAAGCAGUUAGAGUACUCCUCCAACAUGAUACUUCUGUGACAUACGAUUUAGACAAUGCGGGGGAAUCGGCUCUUCACCUUGCAGCAUUUCAAGGCCAUGCCAAGGUCAUUGAUGAGCUUGUUAGAUCCUGUCUUGAUGCUUUUGACAUAAUAAACACCAAAGGGCAGACGGCUCUUCAUGCAGCUGUUGUCGGUGGACGAGUGAAUGUAGUUAAGUACAUACUACGAAUGCCAAACCUGAAGUAUCUCAUCAACGAACAAGACACCGAUGGAAACACGGCUCUGCAUUUGGCUGCACUUCAUAGAAGUUACAACAUCAUAUUCAUACUUGCACAAGACAAGAGGGUGGACCAUUUGGCUAAAAAUAAGGAUCAUUUGACCGCAAUUGACAUUUUUGAUACUUAUAAGGAGGUAUGCUUGCUUGAACAUUAUAGAGCUCGAUUUGUUCACUUUUAGAGAAAUUUCUUCAGUAUCAUUUAGAAACUGUGGCCCGAGUGAUACUCAUUUCAUGUGCAAACAAACUACCCAAUUGAAGUCUUUUUGCGUCAACUUUGUUUUGUUUAUUCGAAUGUUUAAGCAUAUUAACUAUAUUUUCAAUUCUCGUUCCAAAUCAGUUGGACACACAUUUGAAAAAGGGCCUCGGAGUGAAGUGAUUUCACAAUUCAUAAAUUACAAUAAAGAAUGAGAAAAUUGGGUAGAAUUGAACUUUGUGGUUGAGCCUCAUUAUCACAAGGCUUCGUGGCCUCCCACCUCACCUAACAUUAAUUAGCAAACGAACUAUUUUUAAUUGGACAAAAAAUAAAGUCUUUCUUUAUCAUUAACGUUCCUACAAAAUAUCAACAUCAAUUCAUAUAGCUUACGAAUUUAAAUGUGAUCUGAUAUAAUAGUCAACAAACCUAAACUCAUGAUUUGAAGGAACAUUAUAUCAACAUCAAUUCAUAUAGCUUAUGAAUUUAGAAGUGAUCUGAUAUAAUAGUCAACAAACCUAAACUCAUGAU